AUGACGCAGACACCCAUGAUAUCUGUGCCUCUCAAGGCCACCAACGAGAUCGACUGGAUCACGCCGCUGAAGACCUACAUCAGAGACACAUACGGAGACGAUCCGGAGAGGUAUGCCGAAGAAUGCGCCACCUUGAACCGGUUGCGACAGGACAUGAGAGGGGCCGGGAAGGAUAGUACAGCUGGGAGGGAUCUGCUUUACCGGUACUACGGCCAGCUCGAGCUACUGGAUCUGCGCUUCCCCGUCGACGAGCAGCACAUCAAGAUCGCCUUUACCUGGUUCGAUGCUUUCACCCAUAAGUCGACAGCCCAAUACUCGCUAGCGUUUGAGAAGGCCUCCAUCAUCUUCAACAUCUCCGCCGUCCUAUCCUGCCAUGCCGCCUUCCAAGCCCGAUCCGAAGAGUCGGGUCUCAAGAUGGCCUACCACUCCUUCCAAGCCUCCGCCGGCAUGUUCACCUACAUCAACGAGAACUUCCUACACGCACCCUCGUCCGACCUGAGCAGAGAGACUGUCAAGACCCUCAUACAGAUAAUGCUCGCGCAGGCUCAAGAGGUGUUUCUGGAGAAGCAAGUUGCCGACGGGAAGAAGGUAGGGCUAUUGGCAAAGCUGUCCAGCCAAGCUGCAUAUCUAUACCAGCAAGCCCUCGAAGGUACUCAAGAGAAUGUCAACAAUGCCAUCUUCGAGAAGGUUUGGUUGCUCUUCACGCAAAUCAAAGCCAGCCUGAUGAGCUCGAACGCGCAGUACUACCAAGCCCUGGCUGAUGAAGAUGCGAAUUCAUAUGGCGUUGCCGUCGCAAGACUUGCGGCCGCCGAGGUACAGGCCAAGGAAGCAAAUAGGGUAGCCAUCAACUUUCCCAAUACGAUGCCACCAAGCGCAAACUUGGGCGCCGACACUGGACUUUUGUUAACCGAGAUUACGAAACGAAACCUGGCCACCAUUCAGGACAAGUUGAAAGGUCUGAUCAAGGACAACGACUACAUAUACCACCAGACAGUUCCCGCAGAGGCCAGUCUUGCUCCUGUACCAAAGCUACCCGCCGCCAAGCCUAUACCCGUGAAUGAGUUGUAUGCUGGCCAGGACAUCCAACGGAUAACAGGCCCGGAUUUGUUUUCGAAGAUAGUGCCUUUCGCAGUCACCGAGUCUGCGAGUCUGUAUGACGAAGAGAAGGCGAAACUGGUGCGCGCGGAGACCGAGCGGGUUGACCUGGCUAAUAGCGAAAUGGCUGCCAGCUUGGACUAUCUCAGGUUACCGGGCGCGCUGCAGGUGCUUAAAGGAGGUGUUGACCAGGAGAUUCUGCCGGACGAAGACUUUCGCACGUGGUGUGACGACGUUGCGGGACACGAGAAUCCGAUUUCAAUAUUUGACACAUUACGGAUAGAUAAAGAUGCGAUCGUGACCGUUCUGGACAGGAGCUCGAAGCAACUGGAUAUGGAAGAGAGCGUUUGCGAGAAAAUGCGGUCCAAAUACGAGAGUGAAUGGACUCAACAGCCCAGUACAAGACUCACCACUACUCUGAGGGGCAACAUCCGGAAUUACAAGGACGCGCUAGACGAAGCCGCCAAGAGUGAUGGGCAACUAUAUACGAAGUUUCGGCAUAACGAGCACGAUUUCGAAGAUAUGCGGAACGCGGCUCAGACGGGCGAAGUUGAUGCUCUCUUCCAAAGGGCUGUCAGCAAGGUCAGGUCGAAGUCGAGUAAUACGAACAGUCCAGCGGUUGAACAGCCUAAUCUGCUUGACGCCGAUUUCGAAGAUGGCAUGCCAAGUGUUGCGCAGCAGAUCAACCGCGUCGAGGACAUACUCAAGAAGCUGAAUCUGAUCAAGAGAGAGCGCAACCAAGUGCUGAAAGAUCUCAAGGAGAAGGCUCACAAUGACGAUAUCUCACAAAUCUUGAUCUUGAACAAGAAGUCAAUAGCAAAUUAUGAGAGCCAACUCUUCGAGUCCGAAUUGGAGAAAUUCCGGCCACAUCAAAAUCGGCUCCUGCAGGCAAAUCAUAAGCAGUCUUCCUUGAUGAAGGAGCUUACGGCAUCGUUCAACAGUCUCCUUCAAGAUAAGCGAGUGCGCUCGGAGCAAAGCAAGUAUGAGGCUAUUCAAAGGCAGAGGAGUUCUGUGGUCAACAGGUACAAGAGAGCAUACCAAGAAUUCUUGGAUCUCGAGUCCGGCUUGCAGAGCGCCAAGAACUGGUACACGGAGAUGAAGGAGACGGUGGACAGCCUCGAGAAGAAUGUCGAUACUUUUGUUAACAACAGACGAUCGGAAGGCGCUCAGCUGCUCAGCCAGAUUGAGCAAGAACUGGCUGCCAACAAGAGUUCCCAGGCCGAGGUUGAGCGUGAGCGACUGCGCGGCUUGAUGGAGCGGAUGUCCAUGGACCCCAAUGCAUCAACACCAUCUCCGAAUCCAGGGUCCAACCGUCAUACCCCAGCUCCUCUGUCCUUCAACAACAACACUCCACGCUACCCGCUGGCAAGCUUCGGUGGCCAAUACCAAGUCCCGAACUCGCCACCUCCAAACCAAGCCAAUUACCCCGGGUUUUCUAAUCCUCCGCCUAACAACCCCUACGCACUCGCACCGCAGCAGUCCUAUACACACAACCCGCAACAACACACCCAGCAGUUUGGUCAGACUGCGGCUUACAACCCCAGCAGUUGGGGACGCAACCCAGGCCCCGUGUCUCCACCGCCGACACAGACUAGUUUCGGACCUGGGGUUGGAGGUAGAGGGCCUGCUUCACCUCCGCCUAACCAGACCUCCUUUACCCCUAACCCCUAUAGCACCUACGGAAACCCACAGGCGCAGCAACAGCAACCACAGCAGCAACCACAGCAACAGCACUACGUACCUCCGGGCUUCGUACCACCCCCGCCUCCACCGGGGCCUCCGCCGCUAGGACCCCAGCAGACGAUGCAUUACUCUCAACAACAGGAGUACCCAUACGGCGGGGGCGGUCCGCCGCAAAGCGCAGCUCCCAGGUCUUCACAACCACAGCAGUCGGGGGACCCGUGGGCUGGACUGAAUGCUUGGAAGUAG